CAUAGGCGAUUCUGGAAGGAAAAGGAAAUUACAGUGGACGUCUUGUUAAGAAAUACGAUAUUGUUUCGCUUUCCACUGGGGAUCUGUUGAGGAUGCAUAUAAAUGAUAGAACCGAAGUCGGACGAAUGGCCGAGGAGAUUGUUGCUCAGGGGGGAUUAGUCCCAGACGAACUCAUGCUACAGGUCGUUACCAGUAAAUUAGACCUCUGCACAACAAGCACUGGAUUCUGGAUGGAUUUCCUCGUACAUUCGCGCAAGGAGAGCUCCUAAACACGCAUCUCAAUAAGCAAAACACACCGUUAAGUUUGGUCGUGAAUCUUGAUGUUCCGGACGACAUCAUCUUCAGCCGUAUCUCGGAUCGCUGGGUGCAUCUACCUUCCGGUCGGGUGUAUAAUCUAUCCCCCCAAAGUCGAAGGAUUCGACGAUGAGACUGGUGAACCCCUCACCAAAAGACCUGAUGAUAAUCCCGAAAUCUUUGCUCGCCGUCUCGAAAAGUUUUACUCGACAACUUCACCUCUACUAGAUUUCUACGCUCGUCUAUCUCAGGCCCAUAUUUCAACACCUCCGCAUCGUCAUCCUCACCAGCACCCGCAUCAGCUUGCUUUCCACACCACGCCGCCGCAUCGCCUGAUGAUGCAGUCAAUAUCCGGAACUACAUCUGAUGAAAUUUGGCCUGAGCUGGAAAGGGUACUGAAAGAUACUUUUCCUGGGUUGAAAGAGAGGGCAGAGAGUGCUGAUGCACGGAGAAGGCAUAGUCUAAGUGAUGCUAUUGCUUCAGCCUCGAUGAACGCCACUAUAUCAAAAUAGAAACCUUAUCUUGUCAUGACCUUAGUUGGUCCUGUCUUGACCUGACUGCCAUAUGCUUAUUAAUGCAUCAGUUCUCAAUAACAUUCAAGUACAGACCACAAACCAGUACCCUGAACUUUGAAGACACCUUGCAGGGUUGCAUUGUAUGUAUGUAUAUACUUAUCGACAAUAAGAAACAAUCAGUUUUGGGGAAGUAAUGCUACAUACUCGGCUUCCCAAAAUUACAUGUAAAGUAAAAACCACAAAAUGAACAGCUCCUCACAGCCACAUUUGCAUUGACAACUUACUCAUACGAGCCGCGCAGAACAAAGAAACUGUGAAGAACU